GCCCCGCGCCUGCCGGGCGGUCCGGGUCCGAGCGGCCGUGCGUCCGGCGCGCGGAGGCCGGGGCGGGGACCGGGGCGGCGACCGGGGCGCCCACACCCGGGGGCGCUCCCGGCGGCGAAUCAGCGCGCGGCGCGGGCGGCGGGGCGCCCAGGUGACCUCCCUGCGCGGCGGCGGGGGAGGGGCGCGCAGGUGAGGCGGCGGCCGAGUGAGCGCGUGGUCCCGGCGGCGGCGGCAGCAUGUCCGGCAGGAAGGACUGGUCGGCGCUGUCCAGCCUGGCCCAGCAGUGGAGCCUGGAGGAUGAGGAGGAGCAGCAGCGCGAGCGCCGGCGCCGCCACCGGAACCUCAUCUCCACGUCUGAGGACGACGACAGGUCGGCCCGGUUCGGCCAGAACCAGAACGGAGGGCGGCCCGCCCCGGACAGGCUGCCCAGCGUGGAGGAAGCCCAGGUGCCCAGAGCACCGCCCGCAUCCCCCCAAGAUGAGGGCGAGGAGGUGCAGGCCAUCCUCUGGACGCGGAGGGAGCGGCGGCAGCGGCGGCAGGGGGUGGAGGCCGAGGAGGGCGGGGACAGCCUGGGCCCUGGGCAGGCCGUCCGGCCGCCCCUCACACCCACGAAGGAGGCGGCCGCCCCGCCCCGCCGCAGACUGAGCCAGGAGAAGCAGGCACCCUGGGUCCGGGCGGAGGAGAGCGUGGCCGCCCGAGAGCCAGGGGGCCGGCCGAGGGGCGUCCCGGAGAAGCACCCUGGCUCCGAGAAGAAGCCCUCCGGCCGGGAGAAGAGGCCGAGCUCCGAGUUAUCGCCCAUCCCCGAGAGGAAGUCGGUGCUGGACUUGUGGGAGAAAAGACCGAGUCCGGCGAGAGCCGGCGUCUCCGAGAAGCAGCCCCUCUCAGCGAAGGCGGCAGGCUUGGAGAGGGGACGGGUGUCUGAGAAAGCGUCGAUCUUUGAGAAGCCGCAGGCCUCAGGCGCAAAGCUGGUCCCAAAGAGGGCUGUGGCCCCGGAGCAGCCCCAGGCCGGGGAGAAGCCUCGGCCCGAGGAGCAGCCUCGGCCCAAGGAGAAGCCUCACCCCCAGGAGCAGCCUCAGCCCAAGGAGAAGCCUCAGUCCCAGGAGCAGCCUCGGCCCAAGGAGAAGCCUCACCCCCAGGAGCAGCCUCAGCCCAAGGAGAAGCCUCAGUCCCAGGAGCAGCCUCAGCCCAAGGAGAAGCCUCAGCCCCAGGAUCAGGAUCAGCCCAAGGAGAAGCCUCAGCCCGAGGAGCAGCCUCAGCCCAAGGAGAAGCCCGGGGCUCAGGAGCAGCCCCAGGCCCAGGAGCAGCCCGUGGCGGGGGGAAGCCAGAGAGCGAGGGCCCACUGCCGCCUGCCCUCGGCAGAGCCAGGGGGGUGCACCCCUCCGACCGUGGCCUCCCGCCUCCGGGCCAUCACACUCCAGGUGAAAAUUCCCAGCAAGGAGGAGGAGGAAGAGGAUGCCUUCUCGCCCACUGGGACCACCUUCAGCAGCUCCCUCCGCAGGUCCAGCCCCAGGACGAUCUCCUUCCGGAUGAGCCCCCAGACGACCAACUCGGAAACCACCCUCACCCGCAGUGCCAGCGUGAGGCUCCCGGUCAAGUUAGGCGAGAAGCUGGAGAGAUACCACACGGCCAUCAAGAGGUCAGUGUCCGUCAAGACCCCCGGCUCCUCCCGCACCGAGGUCUUCGUGGCACCCGUGGGCGUGGCCAGCAGGCGUCACCUCUUCGAGAAGGAGCUGGCGGGCCAGGGCCCCAGCCGACCAGAGCCCGCCUCCAGCCGCAAGGAGAAUCUGACACUCUCGGGGGUGGUGACCUCGAGGCUCAACCUGUGGAUCAGCAGGACCCAGGAGUCGGGGGAGCAGGACCCCCAGGAGGCGAAGAAAGAGGCGGCAGCCACCAAGCGGACCCAGUGGGCAAAGAGAGCGGGCUCCACCCUGGAUGCCGAGGUGUGAGGCCGCCAGGCAGCUGCAAGUCCCGCCUCCCUCACGCCAGGCCCUGCCUCCCCAGCCGCGCCCUCCCCUCCCCCGUCGCCCACCCUUUUCUGCCUCUGGACCUGGGCCCGGCAGGUGGCAUGUCCGGGGGCUCCGGCAGCUCCUUCCCGGGCAGCCCCGGGGCGGGUGUGCCCAGGCUCCGUCUCGUCCCCCUGCGGGCACAGCAGCGCCCGGGCCCAAGUCAGCCUGGCACCGCGGGCUCUCGCCGGUGCCCUGGUCUGGGUCCCGUCCACGCGGCGUGUCCGUCUCCAGCUCCUGCCAGGGCCACCUGUCCCGUCCGCCCCGGCAGGGGUCUCCCCACCUCCCCUGGGCACCCCCUCUUGGCUGAGUCCCAGCUGCUGGCCUUCCUCGCUCUCCUGCCGCCUCGCCCGCCCUCACCCCUGCAGAGCUCAGGCCUCUCUGUGCCCCCCCCGCCCCCUUGUUCUC